CAUAAAAACCUUAAAACAGUAAAAUACACGUUAUUGUGUUUCCUCGUGACCCGUAUGUGAAACAACAUCCGCUGCGUCAUUUCCGCUAUAUGCCCACUCUAAGAGGCUGGUUUAGGCGGAAGUGAGGCAUCUGUACCGUAACAGGCUCCGGCUUUAUCUCUACAGUACUGGGCCAACUUCAAGAAGUUAUAUAUAUAUAUUCAGUGCUUGUCAUCUGAUUAAUAAACCUACAGAGAGCUCAGGACAGUCAGUCAGACCCUGCUGCUCUACAUCACUUCGUUCAUUAUUAGGACAGGGCUUUCUCUUGCUCCUUCAGCCUCCAGCUUUGUGUGAUGACCGAGCCGGAGGUGCUGACCGAGGUUCCGGCGGCGCUAAAGCGCUUGGCCAAGCAGGUGGUACGCGGUUUCUACGGCAUCGAGCACGCUCUGGCUCUAGACGUCCUGAUUCGCAACUCCUGUGUGCGCGAGGAGGAUAUGCUGGAGCUGCUGAAGUUCGACCGCAAGCAGCUGCGCUCCAUGCUGAACACCCUGAAAGCCGACAAGUUCGUCAAGUGCCGCAUGCGCGUGGAGACGGCGCCGGAUGGCAAGACCACGCGCCACAAUUACUACUUCAUUAAUUACAGGCUGCUGGUGAAUGUGGUGAAGUACAAGCUGGACCACAUGCGGAGACGCAUCGAGACGGACGAACGCGACUCCACCAACCGCGCGUCGUUCCACUGCCCCAACUGUUGCAGCACCUUCACCGACCUCGAGGCCAACCAGCUGUUUGACCCAAUGACAGGGACGUUCCGCUGUACGUUCUGCCAAACCGAAGUGGAGGAGGACGAGUCGGCCGUGCCGAAGAAAGACGCGAGGACGCUGGUCGCCCGCUUCAACGAGCAGAUCGAGCCUAUUUACGUGUUGCUACGGGAAACAGAAGACGUCAACCUGUCGCACGAGCUGCUGGAGCCAGAGCCUUCAGAAAUCCCUGCUCUGAAACAAAGUCGGGAGCGGGCGGCUCUCCCCGCAGGUGCUGCGGGAGGUCGGGAUGUCUGGAGGACGAAGGGCUCGUCAUACGCGGAUAUGUACACACAGAAUGUUGUGAUCAGCAUGGAGGACCAGGAGAGCCAGCAAACUCAAGCGGCCGAGGCCAAAGCCCCCAAAGAGAGACCGGUGUGGCUGACUCAGAGCACCGUCCAGGGCGCCUACAACGACAACGACGCCCUCAAAGCCGCUGAGGAGGACUCCAUGGUAACUCAGGAAGGCGUGGCCGGACCUGGGCACGCGCAGGACGAGAACGAGGAAGUGAUGCGGGCGCUUCUCAUCCACGAAAAGAAGAGUGCAACUGCACCAGUGGGUGGCGCCCUUCACAGAACCCCCAACAUCCCAGCAACUAACGCCAGCGACUCGGAGAGCGACACCAGUGAAUCCGACGAGGACUCUCCGGUCCAAGCCAUUGCUGCUCCAGCGAAGCCAGGCAGACUGGGUGAAGACGAGGAUGAGGAGGACGAAGAGUUUGAGGAGGUGGGAGACGAUCCGGUGGUGAUGGUGGGAGGAAGAGCGUACUCUUACAGGGAAGUGAGCCAGAGGCCAGAGCUGGUGGAGCAGAUGAGCGCACAGGAGAAGGAGGCCUACAUCGAGAUGGGGCAGAACCUUUUCCAGGACAUGUACUUCUGAGCAUCCUGUUUUCCCUCUUUCUCUCUCAUUUCUUUUUUUUUUUUUUUUUAUGCUCAUGUUCAUCAUUGUAGUUUUCUCUCGGUUGCCUUUGGAACAUUGACCCACACUGUGUGGAGAAUUGUGCUGAAGGUUCGACUCUCUCAGAGAGGUUCAUUGUUAUUCUGUUCUACAGGAUUCCUGAUAACAUUUGUUCGCACUCACUCACACACGAAUGCCACACUGUGAAGGUGCAUUAUUUCCAAAAGUUUAAGUGCUUUUUGAGCAUCGCAUUUCACAUUUAGUCCUAUUUUGCUCUUAUAAUUCCCUCCACUCCUCUGGGAAGAUGUUCCACUAGAUUUUGGAGUGUGCUUGUGGAAAUUUGUGCUCCUCCAGACA